GGGAUGGGAUGGGAUGGUCCAUCCCCUGCGGCUCCGCCCCGCGAGCGGCGCGGCUCAAACACCGGCGCGGGGGAGGGGAAAGCUCCUGACACCCCCGAGGGUUGUACAGGCCACCGCCCCUUCAGCAGCAACGGGAAGGAACGGCUCCUCCCCGCUGGGCUAGUCCACGCGCGGUUGGGCGACGGGGGUGCACGCGCGGCUGGUUCGACGUGAGCCAUGGCGGCUUGUCCCUUUCGGAGGAGCAUCGCCGCUCAGCUUUCAAGGGUUUUGAACCUGCCACCAGAAAAUUUGAUAAAGUCCAUAUCUGCACUUCCUGUCUCCAAAAAACGGCCAGUUGCUGAUUUCCAGCUCUUUGUGGGCUCUGUGAUAGAGAACAAGUCUAGUGAUCAUUCAAAGCCAGAUCUUCAGCUUCAAACUCAGAGGCUAGCAGAGAAGCUAAAAUGUGAUACGGUAGUGAGAGAAAUCAGCACUGGUCCAGGAACAGUGAACUUCACAAUAAAUAGGGAAUUAUUAGCAAAGACUGUGUUGCAGCAGGUAUUUAAAGAUGGCUCAGAAUAUGGAAUAAAAAGUGAACUUUUCUCUACGCUUCCCAGAGGAAAGAUAGUGAUUGAGUUUAGUUCACCCAAUAUUGCCAAAAAGUUUCAUGUAGGACACUUGCGGUCCACGAUAAUAGGGAAUUUUGUAGCAAACCUCAAAGAAGCACUUGGACAUCAUGUAACAAGAAUAAAUUACCUUGGAGACUGGGGCAUGCAAUUUGGUUUACUGGGAGCUGGUUUCCAACAGUUUGGCAAUGAAGACAAGCUAAAAUCCAAUCCUUUAGAACACCUCUUUGAGGUAUACGUACAAGUUAACAAAGCAGCAGCAGAAGAUGAAAACAUAAAGAAGCUGGCACAGGAUUUCUUUAGAAAACUGGAGGCACGUGAUGAGCAAAUACUGUCAAUGUGGCAACAUUUUAGAGACUUCAGUAUUGAAGAGUAUGUCCGGAUUUACAAGCGUCUAGGUGUGCAUUUUGAUGAAUAUUCUGGAGAAUCAUUUUAUCAAGAGAAGUCCCAGGAAGUUCUAAAGAUGUUGGACGCUAGAGGACUCCUUCAGAAAACAAUCAAAGGAACAAGAGUAGUGGAUCUUUCUGAAAAAAGAGACCUCUCAUUGUGUUCUACUGUAAUGCGUAGUGAUGGGACAUCUCUUUAUAUAACAAGAGAUCUUGCUGCUGCUAUAGACCGAAUGAUGAAAUAUAACUGUGAUACUAUGAUUUAUGUGACAGAUAAAAGUCAAAACGCUCACUUUGAACAGCUGUUCCAAAUACUGAAGCUCAUGGGCUACCAAUGGGCAGAAAGGUGUCAGCAUGUGUCUUUUGGGCUAGUGCAGGGGAUGAAGACACGAAAAGGAGAAGUGGUUUUCCUGGAAGAUGUUUUAAAUGAAGCUCGCUCAAGGAUGUUACAAAACAUGGCUGCUGCAAAAACAACUAAAGAACUGGAAAACCCUCUUGAGACCGCCGAAAAGAUUGGGCUUGCAGCACUUAUAAUUCAGGAUUUCAAGGGUCUUCUAUCAUCCGAUUAUCAGUUUAGUUGGGACCGGGUUCUCCAAAGUCGGGGAGAUACAGGCGUAUUCCUGCAGUACACACAUGCCAGACUCCACAGUUUAGAGCAGAUGUGCAGGGACAGGCAAUCAACUGACAUUAACACAGCUUGUUUACAAGAUCCACAAGCCAUCUCCAUACUCCAGCAUCUUCUCAGCUACGAUGAGGUACUGUAUAAAUCUUCUGAAGAUCUUCAGCCCAAGCACAUUGUCAGCUACCUCCUAACGCUCAGCCAUCUUGCCGCUGUGGCUCAUAAAACGCUCCCUGUGAAAGGCAGUGCCCCUGAACAAGCCCAGGCAAGACUCCGCCUCUUCCAGGCUGCACGUUCUGUUCUAGCUAAUGGAAUGAAACUUCUUGGAAUCACGCCUGUAAGCCAGAUGUAACGAAAAGGCCUCCUGCAAUGUAAAUUUAAGCUUCUUAGUAAAAGUUCUUAAUGAGAA